UUCUCUAAAUAUUUGUUUCAAACCGUCAACAAAGAAGACUCACGUCGACACCUAGCUAACUUUGUCUGCUUACUCUUUGUUUCAAAACGAUUCCUUUUGGGAGAGAAGAAGAAAGAAAUUAAGAAGAAAAAUGGUGGAAGAGCGUGAGAAGAUGGUACUCAUCCCUUCUUCCACUACUAAUGAAUGGCCACAGAUAGAUGAGAAAAAUAACUUGAUGAUGGCCUCAAAUGGUGGUACUAGAGAUAUGGAGAAACCAAUUUUAGAUCCGCAACAACAGCAGCAGCAGCAACAACAACCACCACCACCACCACAUCUUAAAUGUCCUCGUUGUGAUUCGUUGAAUACUAAGUUUUGUUACUACAAUAAUUACAGUUUGUCUCAGCCAAGGCACUUUUGCAAGGCUUGUAAAAGGUAUUGGACUAGAGGAGGGACCUUGAGGAAUGUACCAGUGGGAGGUGGCUGUAGGAAGAACAAGAGAAUCAAGAGACCAUCAGUUAAUUCUUCAUCUUCUACUCAUGAUAUUACUACUUCAUCAGCUCACAAUACUGGUCUUACUACUAAUACUACUACAAACCCUAGCCAUCAUCAUCAUCUUCAUGGAGCCCAUAAUAUUGAUCUAUCUUCUACAACCUCAUCAAAUCAUCUUAAUCCUUUAUUUUAUGGGUUAAACACUGAUCAGAGGUCUGAUCUCAACAUUCCAUUUGCAAGGCUUUUCAAUUCUAGGGUUUCGACUCAUGCUGCAGCCGAUGAGGGACAAGUGUAUUCUCUAGCAGACAGUAUUCCUGGAUUAAUGGAUCGUCGUAUCGGGCUAGGGUUUUCUUCUACUGGAGGACUUAUGGGUGAGAAUAAUUAUGGGCAUGGGUUCAAUCCCAUUAAGCAAAUCCAAGAUGUUAUGACUAGUAAUUCUACAACUUCAAGUUCACUUCUUUCAAGCUACCCCAUGUUUGGAUCUUCAUCAACUUCAAGUAAUUCAACUUCAACUAUGGCUUCUCUUAUAGCUUCCAGCCUUCAGCAACAGAAGUUCAUGUCCAACGGUAACAAUUUUCACAACUUGGCUCCUAAUUAUGAGGAAUUUCAAAUGUCAAGGGACAAUAAUAAUGUUCAUGAAGGUGGAAAUAGGAAUAUCACAAUAUUGAAAGAAGAGAAAAUGGAAGGUGAUGGCCAAAACAGGUUGAACUGGAAUAAUCUUUCAAACCAUCAUCAGAAUCAUCAGAUUCAUGAACAAAUCAUUAAUUCCAAUGACCCUUCACUUUCUUGGAAUGGUGCUUGGCUUGAUCCUUCAAAUAUGGGGUCUAAUUCAGUCCCUUCUCUCAUCUAGGACAAGUACAUUAUUUGUCUUUUUCCUUGAUCUGCCUCUCCUUUUUAUUAACAUGUGUCUUUCCUAGCUAGGUAGGUACUUUUCAUUCAUGUUGCUUGGAUCCUCCGAGAAUGUCGCUGUACUUGUGUCUGAUACACAUAUCCAGCGGAAUUUUUGGAGUAUCCAAGCAACAUAACUUCUUAUUUAUCUUCUUUUCCUCCCUUCUACUAAAAUGUCAAGACUAUAGAGAAAGAAGGCAACUUGACUUCAUAUUGAUGGGAAGAGUUGGAUCGGAGUGAUCAUGUCAGCUGCAAGAAAAUUUUCAGCCCUACUAAUUUUUACAGUCAAAAGGUUGAAGAAUUCUCUCAUUUUGCGCUGAGAGGAACCUCGGAUCCUAUUCAUCUCGUCACAAAACCACGUUUUCUUUAUCAUGAAGGGUCCAACAUUAAGAGUUGAAGAAGAAGCUGAGUACCAUUUCUAGUUCUAGUGAGUUAGUUUUAAUCUUAAUCUUAUUUUGUAUGUAUAUAGAUGCAUAACGAUUCCAUUUUUCUUGAUGUAAUUUUUUCAGAAUGUGUAAUAGGUUUGGGGUGGGGGUUUACAAUGUUGGAGUCCUCAUACAAGAGGAAUUAACCAACAAUGACAAUUUUUCUUAAGUUGAGUUUUUAUUUUCUUUUUUCCAUUUUCUGAGAAAUUCUUCCUCGUAGUUUAGGGGAAAAUGGUUGGGGUAUAUUUGGGUAUAGAAGAGAGGGAGACGUUGUUUUAAUAUGAUUAUCAUUUUACUAAGUUGGCCAUGCCAUUUACUUGUU